AUGAACGACAACGACUACUCGACCCCACCCACUCCAGGUGUAGCAUCUCCAUUGGGCACCUCGAUCGCAUCGCUCCCGUCUAAACCUUCGUCAGUCGAAGAUCGUCGCAAGAACUGGAGGUUCGGGACCAUCUGCGCGACGACCGAGAGUAAAGAUCAGUAUGGGGCUUCUUCGGUACCUAUCUACCAGACGGCGACUUUCAAGGGCUUGAACGGGGAGUAUGAUUAUACCCGAAGUGGGAACCCUACGAGGACGGCUUUGGAGACGCAACUCGCCCGACUUUACACCUGCAGCCGUGCGUUCGCCGUCAGCACGGGAAUGACGGCGUUGGACAUCAUCCUCCGCCUGAUCCAACCUGGCGACGUCGUACUGGCCGGUACCGACAUUUACGGAGGCACCGACCGUCUCCUCACUUUCCUCAAGACCCAAGGGGGUGCCGAGGUCAGGCACCUAGACUUGGACGUUCGGGACGACCUCGAGGCGGUCCUCCAAGACGUGGGGAAGAGGUGCAAGAUGGUCCUCGUCGAAUCCCCUACCAACCCUCUCCUCAAGAUCGCCGACCUGAGGAUGAUCUCCAGCUUGGUCCACGCGGCUUCCCCGGAAGCCCUCGUCGUGGUCGACAACACCAUGAUGUCCCCCUACCUUCAACGACCGCUCAACCUCGGUGCGGAUAUCGUCUAUGAUUCGGGUACCAAGUACCUCUCUGGGCAUCACGAUGUCAUGGCCGGGAUCAUCGCUGUCGAGCGCGACGAGGUCGCCAAACGUGUGGCUUUCCUGAUCAAUUCAACCGGAACCGGAUUGGCGCCUCAGGAUUGUUUCCUCCUCCUUCGAGGCUUGAAGACCUUGUCUAUCCGAAUGGACCGUCAAUGCGCCACUGCCCAUCUCGUCGCCCUCUACCUCAAUACUUUGGGGUUCCACGUCAACUUUCCCGGACUCGCCACGCACCCCGACAGGGAUGUUCAUUAUGGUCAAGCUGAUGGGGCGGGUGCCGUGCUCAGUUUCACGACGGGCGAUGUGGGCGCGAGCGAGAGGAUCGUAGGAGGGACGAGGUUGUGGGGGAUCAGCGUCAGUUUCGGAUGUGUCAACAGUCUGAUCAGUAUGCCUUGUGUCAUGUCCCACGCAUCCAUCUCGGCGGAAAAACGGGCUGAACGGGGCCUUCCCGAAAACCUCAUCCGGCUUUGUGUCGGCAUUGAAGACCCUCGAGAUCUGAUAGACGAUCUCGAACAUUCCUUGCUCGAGUCGGGAGCCAUCUAUCAACGGUUCGAUAUCGACUCGGAGCCCGCCACUCCCACCACGGCGGAACCUACCAGGGACAUCUAUGUGGCUGAUCCCGAGAGGUGGAUCGUGGAGCGGGCUGGACGAUUUGCUAGGAGCGGCAUGCAGGGCAAGGGACAUCAACUGGCCGAGGAUGAACAGAAGUCGGGCGUUGGGGCUCUGGUCGAUAACGUCAAGACUAAGCUCGGAUUCUCUGGACCUGAGGGUAAAGAGGGGCAGACGACCGGCGCGGUUUCCACCAACGACUCGAACUCGGCAUCUUCAUCUUCAGCGACAACGGCGGAUCAGGACAUCCUCGUCUCGGCCCCAGGAAAAGUCAUAUUGUUUGGCGAACACGCGGUUGUUCACGGAGUUACCGCCAUCGCCGCCUCAAUCAACCUCCGGUGCUUUGCCCAUCUUUCCCGUCGACCCGACCACAAGCUCUCGCUCGACCUGCCUGACAUCGGGCUCGUUCGCGAGUGGGACAUCGACGUCCUCCCUUGGGGAUCAUUCACCGCUCAACCGACUGACAAGGAGGGCAAGGCUCCGGCCGAGCUGGAUCCUGCUAGUUUCGCUGCGGUAGAAAAAUUCUUGACCGAUGACGGGUUGGGGUCGACCGCUCAUGCGGCUGCGUUGGCGAUCAUUUACGUCUACAUGACCAUCGGAAACAAGCAGGAAAGACGAGGAGCCAGCUACUGCGCUCGAUCCGCAUUGCCCAUUGGAGCAGGUCUUGGAUCCUCAGCUUCCUAUGCCUCGUGCAUCUCGGCGGCUUUCCUGCGACUUUUCGACAGGCUCGAGGUUCAGCCUACAUCAGAUGGACCCGAGGCUGAUGCGCCGUACUCCGGUCAUCGUGGGAUUCCUGCGUCACAAGCGGACCUGAUCAACGGCUGGGCGUUCUUGGCGGAGAAGGUCAUUCACGGCAAUCCUAGUGGGAUCGACAAUGCCGUUGCCGUCAAAGGAGGAGCCCUGAGCUUUUCGAGAGCGAUGAACGGGAAGCCUGGGGGAAUGACCGGAUUGCGAGGAUUCAAGUCAAUUCGAUUCUUGCUUACCGACACCAAAGUGCCGCGAUCGACGAAGGAGCUCGUAGCUGGCGUGGCUAGCAAGAUGCAAGCGGACCCGGCUGACGGCAAGAGGGUCAUGACCGCCAUCCAGGAUAUCGCGGACCGGGCAACUGGACUCCUUACAUCCGCCGAUCUCCCUCGAAAACAACUGAUCUCUGGCUUGUCGUCCUUGAUCGAUGAGAAUCACGACCACCUCUCUCACUUGGGAGUUUCGCACCCCGCACUCGAGUUGAUCCGUGCAAGGACCGGUGCUUCGCCCCACAACCUUUCGACCAAAUUGACGGGAGCUGGAGGCGGUGGAUGCGCCGUCACACUCAUCCCUGAUGAAAUGCCUGAAGCCCAAUUGCAGGACCUGAUUCAAUCGCUCUUGGACGACGGGUUCCAACCUUACCUGACAGCUGUCGGAGGCGCUGGACUUGGAGUCUUGCAUUCUUCCAGCCGGGCCGUCGACGUCGAUGCCCCUGGAGCGGGCGAACACAAUCAUAUCCCCAUUCGCAAAGCUUUCCAAGAGGUGGAUGCCGCUCGAUUGGAAGUCUGGGCCGAAAAGACUGGAGACUGGGUCUUCACUUGA